AUGAGCUCUUCGUAUUAUGUGAAUGCGCUUUUUAGCAAAUAUACGGCGGGGGCUUCUCUUUUCCAAAAUGCAGAGCCUACUUCUUGCUCCUUUGCAAGCAACUCCCAGAGAAGCGGCUAUGGACCAGGCGCGGGUGCCUUCGCCUCCUCCAUGCCCGGCUUGUACAAUGUGAACAGUACCAUAUAUCAAAGCCCGUUCUCUUCCGGAUACAGCCUGGGCUCUGAUGCCUACAACCUGCAUUGUUCCUCUUUUGAUCAGAACAUUCCCGUCCUCUGCAAUGAGCUAACCAAACCCAGCUGUGAGAAAGCGGAGGAAAGCAACCUGCACAACCAGGCUGAGCCUAAUUUCCGGAUAUACCCCUGGAUGAGGUCUUCAGGUCCAGAUAGGAAGCGAGGGCGCCAGACCUACACCCGCUACCAGACCCUGGAGCUGGAGAAGGAAUUCCACUUCAAUCGUUAUCUGACUCGGCGGCGGAGGAUAGAGAUCGCCCAUGCCCUCUGCCUGACGGAGAGGCAGAUCAAAAUCUGGUUCCAAAACCGGAGGAUGAAGUGGAAGAAGGAGCACAAGGAAGAGAGCUCCAGCACCCCGGCUCCCAACGAGCCCACGUCAGCAGCAGCCUCUGUCGAGAAAGUGGAAGAAGACGAAGAGGAGGAGGACUAA